UAAUGUUGUGCAUUUGGAUUUCAUCUGAAAAUUGUUUACUUAUUUUUCAUGCAUUAUGAAAUUAUAUUAGCAUUCGCCACUUUUCUGUUAAUUAUUGUCUUCAAUACAUUCAACAUGUCGUUAGUGUGUGCAAUUUCCAAUGAAGUACCAGAGCACCCGGUGGUUUCCCCAGUGUCGGGAUCAAUUUUUGAAAGACGACUUAUUGAAAAAUACAUCAAAGAAAAUAAUACUGAUCCAAUAAGUGGUUUGGAAUUGACAGUUGAACAGCUUGUUGAUAUUAAAACUGCUCCUAUUGUCAAACCUAAACCUGUAACUGGCACUAGCAUACCUGCUAUACUUAAAAUGCUUCAAGAUGAAUGGGAUGCGGUUAUGUUGCAUGCAUUUACACAAAGACAACAACUUCAAACAGCUAGACAGGAGUUGAGUCAUGCUUUGUAUCAGCAUGAUGCUGCAUGUCGUGUAAUUGGUCGUUUGACCAAGGAAGUAACAGCUGCUCGUGAAGCUUUGGCUACCUUGAAACCUCAAGCUGGGAUUUCUGUUAGUGAUUCAUCUGCAAAUGCAGGACCUACUACAAUACCACAACCUGCCAUUGCUAUGGAAGCUGCAGGAGUACCAAAUCAACCUACAGAAGAAGCUGGUAUAACUGAUGAAAUAAUUAAAAAACUGCAAGAAAAAGCUACAGUUUUAACACAAGAGAGAAAGAAACGAGGACGUACAGUUCCAGAAGACUUAAUGGACCAAGAAUCAUUAAAAGGAUUUAAAACAUUAGCUUCUCAUCCAGGUCUUCAUAGUGCGAGUGUACCAGGAAUAUUAUCAUUAGAUAUUCAUAGUGAAGAUACUAGUAAAAUUUUAACUGGAGGAAACGAUAAAAAUGCUACAGUAUUUAACAAAGAUACUGAACAAAUUAUAGCAGUACUAAAGGGUCAUACAAAGAAAGUUACGCGAGUUAUUUAUCAUCCAAAUGAAGAUGUUGUAAUAACUGGUUCACCUGAUACUACAAUUCGUGUAUGGAAUGUUGGUGGUUCUAAUCCAUUAUCUCAAAUAAUUAGAGCACAUGAAGGUUCAGUAACUGGUGUUUCAUUGCAUCCUACUGGUGAUUAUGUUUUAUCCACAUCCGCUGAUCAAAACUGGGCAUUUUCUGAUAUUCGUACUGGAAAGUUGUUGACAAAAGUUUCAAGUCAAACUUCAAACAACACUUUAACGACUGGUCAAUUCCAUCCUGAUGGACUCAUAUUUGGAACUGGUACUUCGGAUUCAAAUGUUGUAAUUUGGGAUUUAAAAGAACAAUCAAAUGUUGCAACUUUCUCUGGACACUCUGGACCAAUAACAGCUAUAUCAUUUUCUGAAAAUGGUUAUUACCUUGCUACUUCUGCUGAUGAUUGCUGUGUUAAGCUUUGGGAUUUGCGUAAAUUAAAGAAUUUCAAAACUCUUGUUAUGGAUGAUGGAUAUGAAAUUAAGGAUUUAUGCUUUGACCAAAGUGGAACUUAUCUUGGUGUUGCAGGAACUGAUGUUCGUGUUUAUAUGUGUAAGCAAUGGCAAGAAUUAAAAGUAUUCAAUGAUCACACAGCAUUGGCUACUGGUAUUAGGUUUGGAAAACACUCUCAAUUUAUUGCUUCAACUAGUAUGGACAGAACUUUAAAACUUUAUGGACUCUAAAGAAUGCAAUGUGUGAAAUAUGUCACAAUUUUAGAUUUUAAGAACUGUUUAGAUAUAUAUAUAUUUUUUUUUUUACUGCAAUAUUGCGUUAAUAAUUAAA